GCAACUCUGUGCGGCCUUCCUGCGGUGUUCGGCAGCUUCAGCCGGGUCAUGCACGCGGGCGCGAGCAUAGGGACCGCCGUGCGCGUCGCGAUGUUCGGCGACGGCACUGGCAACAUCGUCCUGGCGGCGCGGCACUGCAUCGAGGAGGGCGGCGCCUGCCCGCACGACCUCAGCACGUUCGGGUCGGCGCUGCUCUUCGUGGCGGCGCGGGCGGACCUGGACGUGGCCGUGUUCCGCGGCCGCCGGGGCCCCGGCCUGUGGCUGCUGCAGCGACGCUGCUGCCGGGCGGCGGGGCAGCAGCAGGCUCAGCGGGCCCACUCACGUAUCUGUGUUGAUGGAUGCAAUGCCCGCUGCCCAGUGGCGCUGUUCUUGGAGAGCACGCCUGUGUCCACCAUCGGCGCCUCGGCUGCCGUGGUCACGACAGGAAUGCCCAACAGCUCCGGCGGUGCGGUGCUCAGCGGCAGCGGCAGUGGCGGCGACACGCUGCUGCUGGCUGGCACCUACACACACCGCCGCGGCAGCGGCGGCGGCAGCAGCACCGGCACUAGCGCUAGCGGCAGAAGCAGCGGCAGCGGCAGCACGUCGCCGACCCUAAUCGAACGAGACCCCGAUGCACUGUGGACGCCAGGCGCUGCUGCGUUUGCGACUGCGUCCGCCGCCAGGAUGUCAGCGCCUGACGUCCAGAGUGCAUCGGGGUCUCGUUCCAUUUGGGGCCGGCGACGUGCUGCCGCUGCUGCUGCCGCUGCUUCUGCCGCUAGCGCUAGUGCCGGUGCUGCUGCCGCCGCCGCUGCCGCGGCUGGGGACGUCGCCAAGUCGGCGGAGCUCAGCCGGCUCAACAUCGCACACAAGAACAGCAUGGGUAUCUUCACAACGGCGCCCGCGCUGUGGCAGCUGCUCCAGGCUGCAGGCGUGGCUCCGCCGGACCCGGAGCAGGUGGCUGCUGCUGAUCAGGCGGCCCGGCGCACUACCAAGCGCGGCCGCCACUGAGCCCCUGACCCGUACUUGGGCGGACCAAGUGCUGGGCUGGACCAGCAGCCAUCGGUCAGCACAGACGCAACAGGUGUGGAAGAUGGUCGUAGUGAAGCGGUACUGGUGGAGAUCUCCGCUGUCCGCCUUCCAAAGAUAUGCGUCCAGACGUCCAGUGGUUCAAGUUCCCAACUCAC